UAUGCUGCUGAUAAUGGUGAUCGUAGCCGACAUCGUCGCGGUCCGCAGCGAAGUUGUGGUUCUUAUGUUAUUUUAGGCUCGAAAGCUUGUUGCUUUAUAGUAAGGCUGCUACCGGUAGCAGAAAUGAUCUUCGAAGAUGUCGUAAAGUGUGAUGUCCUGUUAGUGCUGAUGGAACUGCUUCAGUAAGCUAGUUAAGUGUGGUGAGAUAUGUGUCCUACGUAACGAUGAGUCUGCCAGCGAUCGCCAGUCAGUUAGUGGUCUAAGAGGCAUCCGAUUUAAUUGGAGACGGAAAGGUGACAAAAGCAGAGGACCCAGUGACGUUUGGAAUAAUCAUCGCAUCACUGCGUAGUCGUCGUUGCAACUUGCCUCCUACUCCGUAACGGGGCACAUAGUGUGUGCAACACUGCCCAGGGUGUUGGGAAUUUUUAUUCGGUCUUCGUCAUCUUUUGCUAUCUACAAGACAAAAGAGGACAAAAACAAAAGCCGCGUCGACCAACCCGACGCAAUAGGAAAUAGAUAAGCGAAGGCCUUCUGCGCGUCAUCGGUCAUAUUCAUUGCCUAAACGACGCCAGAGAUUUUCACCGAGUGCAUGUGCGAGCCGCAAUCGACGCUAUCGGCAUUACAACAGCAGACCAGAUUGUUAUAACCCCACAUCUCGUUAAAGCAUUGGUAUAUGUAUACUCAUGCUAAUGUGCCGCGAGAAGCCUCUGCGAGCUUCAGCGUUUUUCCGUGUAGAUGUGUGCGUUCUCCAUGGAAGUGUUCAUGUGCAAAGUACGAUUGUGUCCGUACGCAAUCCGUGAAAUAACCGUAGUACGAACCGAUUUCCAAUGCCUCAUUCAUCUGUGACGGAAGUGAUGGAGCUCGUGACCAGUACAGCGUUGAUGUGUUGAGCGAUCCAAAGCGCACUGACGUUCCUUUCUGUGAAGUGUAUGAACGCCAGCUCAACAGGCCAUAAUUAGUGGUCAGGCCGUGCGACGAUAGCUGCUGAGGGCUGGUUCUUUCACUUAUCACGCGCUCGUCGUUUUCAUUACUAAGCUAUUUCUGCUGAUGGCUAUUGUCACUACAACAUCGCUCGGGGGAUGAAAGAAAAGAGUGAUUGUGAGUUGCCACAAGAAGCCUUCCCCUGUGGGCGAGUGUGUACGAAUUCUGUCAUAUCUCGAACGGCGAGAGCGCGAGGACGACUGCCUGUUUGACAGAAAAGCCAUUAUUCUAAUAAUCACAAUAAUCGUAUAGGCACCUUCACCCUUCUCGUCGAGUACACCGUGACGUUGCACUGCACAUUACGCCUACAACGAUCUCAGAAAAGCCCUCACGAACGCGACUAACGCCACAGCCGGACGGAAAUCGUUCCAUGAAACGAAUCGGCUGCAUUACCAGGAGUGGAAGAUGACCGAAGGAUAGGCGUGCUGUUAGUUGCGCAUCUAUGUUAAUUAAUAACAAAUGUCGAAACGAAGAUUUCCUAUUACCUGAAUCUUGAGGACUCACCUGUAUGAUCAAUGCUGCUUACCAAUGUGUUGCUCACAACAAUUUGGUAAAGUCUGCGGCUCAGCUCACUGCAACGAUUCUUCCCUGAACGAAUGAAGGAGUCGAUCGCUAAGCAGAGCUUCAUUUAAGCGGAUCACUGAGACAUAACUGGAACAAAUGAAGAAAAAAAGUGCGUUGUUCAUCAUGUGUGUUCCUGUUCUGUAGUGCGCCGUCUCGAACUUCUCCAGCAAUUUUAGGCAGACGAAUCAAAGGACUCGAAAAAGAUACGCUUAUAAUCAUAGCACAACGAAGGUGUCGAAGAAAAUAACUUCUACGACGAGUUGUUAAAUCAGCACGAUUCUACUGAGUUGGCAGUGUUAAUAGGACAGCUACGUCCUAUUCCGAUUGCUCAUCUCGCGCACUACACGACCAUCUCAACGGCGUUCUUAUCCGCUUUUAGAUUGUCUCUCGUUCCUCUUUUGUCUUCCCGUUCUUCCGGGAUUUCUUGUUGUGUCCUCAAGUCGUUGUCCAGGGCCGUAACAGGUGGCUGGUGGCUGCUGUCGCGCAGCUGGUGGUGGUCGACCAGAUGGAGCAGCAUCAGCAGUCGCCCCAACAGACCCUCCCCUUACCCCUGUCCCUAACCCACGUGAACGCGUUGUCUACGUCGGGCUCGAGCUCUUCUGACGCCCUGCUCGUAGCAGCCGCUGCCGCCGCCGCCGCUGCAGCGUCCGCGCCAUCGGUGCUCCAGCACUCCGACCUGUCGAACGGAUCCAACGCCGGCCCCGAGUCGAUCAGCUCUCGAAGGGCCUUCACUGAUCCGUCAAACCUUCAGCGGCACAUUCGGCCACAAAACAGUGGACCCCGUGCCCACGCUUGUGGAGAGUGUGGCAAAACGUUUGCAACAUCGAGUGGACUGAAACAACACACUCAUAUCCAUUCCAGUGUAAAGCCUUUCAGAUGCGAGGUGUGUCUCAAGGCGUAUACGCAAUUCUCCAACUUGUGCCGACAUAAGCGUAUGCAUGCGACGUGUCGCACACAAAUCAAGUGCAAGAAGUGCGGACAGAACUUCGCGACUGUUGCUUCAUUGACGAAACACAAACGUUUUUGUGAGGCUCCGUCGGCAACUGAUUCGCUGGCGAACUGGGACAUUCCUCUAAACAACAACGACCCACUGCAGUUUUUACACAAAAGCACACUCAGCCCAUUCCUGCCAAUCGCCCAACUAUUUCCAGUAUUUUCAGGUUUCAAGCAGGAAAACUUGCAGGACCUUGUUAACAAGCUGCGCCGGGACAACGCCGACCAUAAGCGUGCGCUCAUCGGUAACGACUUUCUCAGUGAAGAACACCCGGGAGACGAUAAUAUUAACGCCAUCAAUCGCACUAACAACAAAGACGCCAGGGAAGAAAACGACGACGACGACGACGACGACGACGACGACGACGAAGAGGAUUCAAGGCUGAAGUUUGAGUCGUUACACACCUUAUCAGCAGGCGCCGAGCAACAGAAUAAAGAUUCGAUCUGUGAGCUAAACAAGCGACUCUUCAAAUCGGAACCGCCGAGAGACAUUUACGGGGAGUCAAAGCCUUUCGUAGACCAUCACCACCACCAGGUUUCGGCGGGUGACGACCACGAGAAUCCUCACCAACAAAUUGAGCAAAACAAGGACUUCAUUAGCAGACUUAACAAAAGGCUCAAACAGGAGAGCAUCAUCAGCGCAGGACAUCACAGUGACGACAACGAUACCGGCUGCGCGAGUCUGUCAAGGCAACACCAGUUGCAGGAGGAACAGCAGCAGUUCGCUGAAACAUCCGUUGACGAAGAUAAUAAAGAUCUAAUUAGCGAGCUUAACCGACAGCUCAUUGAACGGCAGCGUUUAGAGAUCGCAGCUGCUGCUAGCCGAAAGCGGCGUCGAGACGAUCCUGUCGCUAGUCACGGAGACGACACAGACGACGAAAACGGAAAGCGGGUAAAAAAAGACUCACCGCCAGUUGAAGCUAACAACCAGUCGCAGGAAGACCAGUUUGACGGCGAAAACAAAAAGCGAGUGAAGAAAGAGUUAGCGACAGCCGAAGCCAACGAUCGGUCACAAGGAGACCAGUUCGGAUCGGAGGUAGAGGAAAACUCGGACGGUGAAAAUUCCGACCCUGACGACGAAAACGAAGAGAAUAGUGAAUCAGAAGAUAUGGAGUUCCCGGCUGUGCGCAGCUCUCCACGAAGAUCGAUCUAUGAUAGCUACAGGCAAUCGUCGCCAAAGCCUGCCCCCUUAUGGCCUGAAGCAUUGCUGAACGGAUCGAGUAUAGUUAGCGGGCUCGAGUCGCUCAGGAAAAGAUCGAGCGACGCAGACAAAUCCGUGACUUCACUGAUGGCCCAGUCUGGACAGCCGCAAUCAGAUAAGUUUGAGGCGGCUCGUAGAUCAGACGCCGAAGAUGGGGAAAAAGAUGACCAACCCCUUGACUUGCGCGUGUCUCACAAAAGGGACUCAUCAGCUAGUCCACCUCCCUCCGAUCGUCCCGGAUCAAGUCAUAGCUCCGGAGAGGGUGAAGGCGAGAGUAUAGCAGACCAGGAUUCGGUAGCUGACAAAAGUGAGCAAGCGGCUACCGCAAGAGGCCUUUUGACCCCACCUGCGGCACCCGCGCCACCUGCAGUGCUUCCUCCUUCCGCUGGCAAUCAUUCGUUACAUCCGUUGCUGUUUGACCAAAUAAACCUGUACAAUCGGCUAUCGUCCGACAAGGGCUCAGUACCACUCUUUCCCGUGCAGAUGCCCUCAGAUUCUGGUGCCCUAUCGAAUCCGCGUCUAAACACAAAUAUCUUUGGGCCGCUGUUCCAGAAUCUCAAUCUGGUGCGCGCCCAGAUGGCGCAGAUUGGUCAGGCGGCGAGCCAUAGCCAUUCAACGCCCCAUAGUCCCAGCCCCCAAGGAGCGGCUACUGCCAGCCUGGAACCGACAGCUCAGAGAGGCCGCAGUCCGGCGGCGGCCGUUGGUCAUACAAAGGUUAGCAAGGAGCGGUACUCGUGCAAAUUCUGUGGCAAACAGUUUCCUCGUAGCGCCAAUCUCACGCGGCAUCUGCGCACCCACACAGGUGAACAACCCUACAAGUGCAAGUAUUGCGAAAGGUCAUUCAGCAUAUCGUCGAAUCUGCAGAGACACGUUAGAAAUAUUCACAACAAGGAAAAGCCAUUCAAGUGCUCUCUUUGCGACCGCUGUUUCGGCCAACAAACCAAUCUGGACCGGCAUCUUAAGAAGCACGAAUCCGAGCAUUCUCCACCGUCGAUGAUAGGAAUGGAUUCUCCACUGAAAUCCAGUCUUCAAGGCAGUCCACUAGCCGCAAACUUUGACGAGAUUCGUAAUUUUAUCGGAAAGGUGACGUCGGGCCAGUCGAUGGAUAUGAACAGACUCAUCGCUUUGGCGGCUGCUCAGAACGUUAACCGUAUGAGUCGUAGCGGGCAGGGUUCAGAUCUGGAUGAUUCGGAAGCGAUGAUAGAUGAUGAUGAUGAGGAGAUCGACGUCGCUGACGAACAUAUCACUUCAGAAAACACUCCAAUCAUUGAAGAAAAAACGGAGCUACCCUCAAGUCCUGGUACGCCGGUAAAGGAGCCAAAGAAGCUCUGGUUUCCAAUAGCGAAACAGGAGGCCAGCCCUCCACCAAGUGCGGAACGUGAACACGCCCAAGUACCGGAUUCGCCUUCGAACGGUAUCUAGUUACUGCCUAUAGCUUAGCAGCGAUCACGUUCUUGCACAGCAACAAUCAGCGAAAACUGCGACGGAAGAGCCAAGAGACGAUAUCGCCUAUUACGCCCAACGUAAUUUGUCCUUAUGUAUACGGAGGUAAAAAUGGUAUAGUCACUGGUGGCUAACACUAGUGCGCGCUAGUAGAUCGUCGUGUUGAGCGCGUCCCACAAGCACACGAAAACGCUGAAGGCACGUAACGGAAGGACAGUGUUUGUCUUUCUUCUUUGCGAAACGAGCAACUUUGCUAGCGUAAACUUGUUUUUGUAUGUUGUACAUAGCCUGAUCGCCGCCCCCAGACGAUCUAGUCAUCGACCAGCAGCCAAUGACACCAAAUGCUUGAAGGAAAGAAGCCUAAGGGCUAAAACCGCCACUGCGUUUGCCAGGGCAUAAUGGUAUCUAAGGAGAAACCGCAGCGUCUGAAAGUCGGCAGAGUACCUGCCGCGCCUCGAUUGCUGCCCCAGUUCAUGUAUGAAUUGCCAGCGUCCUCUAUAUCGUCAAUAAAACAAGCCUCAGACCAUGCAUUAAACAAUACGGCUCAAUGUGCAAAAGAGAAAUAAGAGAAAGGACAAACAGAAAGUAGAGGAAGAUGGAAGCUCAAGAAAGACAGAACUCAAGUAGUACCCAAGCCAGCGCCACCUUAAGCCGUGGAUGCUCUGCGCUGUAGAUUGCAAUGUGUUGAGGAAAAUGUAGAGAGGAUGGAUGAUGUAGAAAUCACGGUUGCUUAGUGUCUGUCUGAGUGAAUGGCGGUCUGAUCAUAUACUAUCUCUCGUUUUGUAUUCAUUGAAUGAUAAGCUGCUAAUGUAUGGAUAAAUGAAGAUGUCAUAAUGAUAAUGAUGAUUAUGCUAUUGAGUGAUUGAUUCAUUGAUUGGUGACUUGAUUAAUCAAUUAUUAUGGAAAAGAACGAAAGAGCAGAGGAAAUCGGACGAACAACGCGAUAACUGAUCACUGUUCGUUCUAUAUAAUGAUUGCUAAUAAUAAUUAUUAUAAUAUUAUUAUAUAUACAUAAUGAUAAUAAUAAUAAUAAUAAUAAUAAUGGUAAAUGAUCACGAAUGGAAGACGCGCAAUUCUUCCUGAUUACAAUUCGCGUGUCACCCGAUGUUCUUCCCUUAAACCAAAGCCAUUGUAAAUAGAUGCCGCCUUCAUAUCAGAGCGAUUGGCGGCGCUCUUCUGUACGUUAGACUGUAGAAUAGUACGUGUUAGAACCGUCCCCUAGGUAGAAAAACAAAAUAAAAAAAAAAACUAAAGACGAGACACUGGCGUUAAACCACGCUUUACUUUGCCGAUCUUGUGUAUGAUGCGAUGACAACGCCAAUAAGCAGAACAACAAUAAUGAAUUUUACAGACAAAAAAGACAGUUACAUACAUACACACACAUACACGAACAUGAAAAUUAUAAGAAUCUGAGGAGGUGUGCAGGUGCACAAACACACCGAUACAGUCAGUGGCAGACAUCCUUGGCCUGUUUGUCCUACCGACGAAGGCGUUUUAUUACGAGGCAAUUUUCUCGACAACUUCUGUUAAUUUCUUGUCAGUCUGAAAAGUAGCCGCUUUGUUUCGUAAGCGUAGUUCCAUGCGAAUAAGGAUAUCAUGCUCUCUCCUCACCUGCGUUUAACGGCUAGUAAAGAAGUUAGCAUCGAAAGCGCAGUGAUCCUAUCUACCUGCGCAGCUGAGCUGCGUGUAGCCUCUACUAAAUUUCGCUAAGAUUAUUGGUAGGAUCUCAGAGCACUUAAUGAGUACGUUCAUUUCUUGUAUACAGAGACAGUAAUUUUUGGGAAUCAUAGAUAUUUAUAUAUACAUAUACUAUAUACUCUGAAUAAUUAUCUACUCCUCUUAGGGAAUUGAUAAGGUUUUUCUAUUCUAUGCUCGAUUUCUGCAAAACCCCCCAUUUCGAUUAUUCAGCAGUCGCAGGUUAUUCGCUUUUUGCGCUAAACCUAUGCGUGCCAGAUCGAAUCAGCACAGUUUCUGAAAACGUAAUGCAAGCUUAAAACUCAAGUUUAAAUUGGCUUCUGAGUUCUGCUAUCAACCUGGUAUAGCACCACAACAUGAUUUACUUCAACAUGGCAGGAUAUAUGCGAUCUGAGCGAACAGUGGUGCUUUGACUGCUUUUAUAGGGCAAGCGCAGAUCCGCCAAAUGGUUAUGCAUUAUCGUAUGUCCUAGUAAAAUAGGAGAUUGGCUCUCUACCAGUCCCGUUGGACGGCAACCGGUCCGAGAAUCAGAGCACCGAGGAUGUCUACCAUGACGACAUACAAGAGAACUUGCGCGGGCGCUCCUACAAAACGCGCUUGUAAGCGAGACUCAAUGCGAACAAUCAUCAUAGAAAAAAGAAACAAAUCGUCAACACAUCAUGAAAAACACGAAACAUCAACAUCUAGCUAUGAAAGGAUACUUAGCGAAAUAAUAAAGCAAAUAUAAGUUA